AUGAAUGAAAGAGUAUUAAAAGUUAUUUGGGGAUGUGACACAUCAUGGCUAUUAAUCAAGAAAAACUAUAACUUAAAGUUAUUUUCAUUAAUUAAAUUUCAUUAUUGUAAUUUAUUACAUGAUAAAAGAAUUUUCGUUAGCAGGAAAAGAUCCAAUACAAUAUAUAUGAAGAAUGAAAAAAAAAGUAAACAAAAUUAUAAAACAAGAAAUGAUGAUUUGAAAAGCAUUGGGAGCAAUGAAAAGAGAAGUUUAACCAGAAAUUUUAGAGGGAAUUUGAUUGAAGAUAUUAAUGUACAUUGUAGAAAUAACGCUUUUAAUAAAUUAUAUUGCGAUUAUUAUUCAACAGAAAAAGAUUACAGUUACAUGAAAGAAAAUUUUAAAGGUGAUAAAGAACUAAAGAAAAAAGCAAUUGAUUUAAUUAGUGAUAGUGAUAAAAAAAUAGAAAAAAUUGAAGAAGUGGGAUUGAACAAAGGAGAUAACAUAAAAGUAGAUAUAUUAGAAAGAAAGAAAUACUUAUUUAAUGAUACAAGUGAUAGUAAAUAUGACAAAAAAUAUCAGAAAACUGAAGGACAUGACAAUUUGAAGAGAGUGUUAAUUAAUUAUAAUAAUGACUUAGAAAUGAAAUAUAGUAAUUCAAAAAAGGAUGAAAAUUAUAGAAUAUCAAAAGUGAGUAAUUCUGAUAAAAACGAAAAUAAUAAAGAAGGAAAAUAUGAUAAUUUAAAUAAUAACGGGAAUGAUAAAAUUGAUUAUGUGAAUAAUCAAAAUGGAAAUUACUGUGCUGAAAUAGUGAAAGAAAAUAAAGAAAAUUGUAAAUUAAAAAAAAAAAAUGAAAUAAAGAAAGUAUUAAAUAUUAUAUUUUGUUCAUCAAUUCCCAUGAUUGGUUUUGGUUUUAUGGAUCAAUUUAUUAUGAUCCGUUUAGGUGAUAUUUUUGAUGCCUCUAUCGGGGUAUCUUUUGGAAUAUCUACACUUUGUGCUGCUUCUUUUGGACAAUUAUGUAGUGAUACUUUUGGUAUUUUUUUUGGAUAUGUUUUGAAUUAUUUACUUCAAACAUAUAAAGUAAUAGAACCAGCAAAAUAUGAUAUAAAAAAUAAAGUUUAUCAGUACUGUACUUUGAUAGGAUCAGUUCUAGGAAUUUUACUCGGUUGCUCUAUUGGUAUGCUACAGUUAAUUUUUAUUGAUACUAGUAAAAGUGAACGGCUAAAAAAAAAGAAAGAAUUAGAUUUUAUUUUUCAAAUGGUUAUGUGUGAUUGCCCAAAUAUUUUAAAUUGUGAAACUUCUACCUUAUUUUUAUAUGAUAAAGCAAAAAAUGAAUUGUGGAGCAAAGCAAUACAUGGGAGAAAAAAUAUUAUUAAGAUUCCCGUGAAUAGCAAUGAGAAAAGUUUUAAUUUAUGGGUUCUUAGAAAUAAAGAAAUUAUUAAUUGUAAAAAUGUAUUAAAUAAUGAACUAUAUAACCCUUCUCAUGAUAAAAAAUUUAAUUUUAAAACAAGAACUAUUUUAGCUGCACCCAUUUUGGAUAAAAAUAAUGAAGUUGUCGGUGUUCUUAUGUUUUUAAAUAAAUUAAGAUCUCAUGGAGGUUAUUUCACAAGGAAUGACGAAAAAUUAGCGGAAAUGAUGAGCAAACAUAUUUCUAUUUUUAUGGAAAAGUUCAAUUAUAUUAGUGAGGGAGAUAAAAAAAUGAUUAUUUUUGAUCAAGAGAAAAAUAACACUCAAGAAGAAGAUCAAGAUGAAGAUGAAGGAGAUGAAGUAGAUACUAAUUUGAGUAAUUCGAAUUUUCAAAAAGAAAAAAAAGAAAUGGAAGAGAUGAAGACAAAAAAUCUAGAAGAUGAGAAGAAAAAAAAAAAAAAAAGAAAAAGGAAGAAAAAAAUUAUUCAACAAAAUAUUUCACACAUAGAAGAAGAUGAAAAAAUAUUUGAUGAAGGUAAUGAAAAUGAAAAAGAAAAAGAAUUUGAUGAAGAGUACUAUGAUGAGAAAAAUGACGAUGCUGACGUAUAUGAUGAUGAAGAUGAAGAUGAUGAUGAAGAUGAUGAUGAGGAUGAAGUUGAAGAUGAUGAUGAAAAAUUAAAUAAACUAAAAGAAAUAGAAAUAGAAAAAGAAAAAAAUAAAAUUAAUGAGUAUAAGUUGAAUCAACUAGAAAGUGAGGGAAAAAAUGGAUUUAAAUUAGACAUAGAAGAUAAAUUAAAUAAAAAAGAAGAAAUAAUAGAAAAAAACGAUGAAAAAUUAUAUGAUUUUUUAAUUGAAAAUUAUUUUAUUAACAAUGGUGAUAAUAAUAAUGAUAACAAUGAUAGUAACAAUAUGAGUACUACUAAUAGUAGUAAUAAUAGUAAAUAUAAGAGUGAUGAGUGUUAUAAUGGCAGUAAUAAGGAAUAUAAUAGUAGAAUGUAUCAUGUAAAUGGGAAACAUGAAAAAAUAUAUGAUAUUAAUAAUAUAGAUUGUGAGAAGGAUAUAAUUAAAUAUAUGAAUCACAAUUUAAGAGAUAAAUUUUCAACUACUAAUAUUAAUAAAAAUUCAAAUGACGAUGCCUUAAAAGAGGAAACAAUUUCAUAUAAUUCAAAGAAAGAAAAAAUUUUGCUUGAAGAUUUAAGUAAUAAUAAUAUUAAUGUUGUGAUUGUUGAUAAAAAUAUCAAUAAUGAUAAUAAAUAUAAUAACGGGGAUAAUAUUGAUUAUAAAUUCAAUAAUAAUUUUAAUGAUGACAGGAUUUGUACUGAAAUAAAAUCCUUAAAUUCAAAAAUUCCAAAAAAUUCUGAUAUUAAUGAAUAUAAUAGAUACCUUAAUUCAUAUAUAAUAUACGUCAUGAAAAAUAUAGACGAAUUUUUUAAGAAUAUAAAGAAAAAUGUGUUUUUUUUUAAAAUACAAAGUUAUAAAGAAAAUAUAAAUUUAUGUGAAUUAUAUAAAAUGAAUCGUAACUCUGAUAAUAUUUUUGAAAAAGUGAACUUUGAAAAUAAUAUAGAUAAUAAUACUAUUCAAGAAAAAGAAAAUAUGGAAAAGUUUGGAGCAAUAAGAGAAGAAUAUUUAAUAAGAAAUGAAAUAGAUUUCCCAAAAAAUGAUUCUAAUUAUAUUAAGAAAAAAGCUAGUGAAAAUGAAAAUAUGGAAGCAAAAAAAUGCAUGAAUAAUAAUUAUAAACCUUUCUUAAAUGAAAUUUUUUAUAAUAAUUCUUCGCUUGAGAUUAUUAAAAAAAUAAAUAAGGAAGUAAUUAAAAAUUAUUUGAAAAAUUCACAACAAAUUGAAAAAUUGUUAUUUAAAAAAAAAAUUAUGCUAAAUGAUGUUGUAAAAUUUUACAGUUCUAAUAUGUUUGAUGAAAAAUAUUUUUCUCAUGUACACUUGAAAAGAGUAUUUAAUAAUGUUUUUAAAAAAAAAAUUGAUAUAAAAAAUUUUAAAAUGUUAAAAAAUAUUUUUAAAUACAAUUUAAAUAGAAUUUUUAGUAACACCAAUAAAUAUAUGAUAAUAAAAAAAAGAAAAAAAUUAAGAAAAUUUUGUUACACUAUCAAAGUUUUUGAUAUACAUGAAAACAAUAACUUUUGGUUUACCAUAUAUUGCCAAAAUAUAGUUAAGAAAACAUUUUAUAAAAAUUUAAAUUUAAUAAUUAAUUUACAUAAUUCAUGUAUAAUUGAUUUAAAAUUAAUACACAAUUAUUUAUUAAGUAAAAUUUAUGAAAAUACAUCAUUUAACUAUAUUGUACCAAAUAUAUGUUAUAAUAUUAAGAAGAUUGAUUUUUUCUUUAAAGAAAAUUUGUAUCAUUUAAACAAUAGUAAUAUGUGUGAUAUUAUUUAUAAAUAUAUAAUUUUUUACCAUUGUAGAAAAAAAGUAAAAAGAAAAAAUUUUAAUUAUUAUAAUUACCAAGAUUUAUUCAUAGAAGAUUUUUUUGAUCAAAAUACUCAUACAAAAAAAGUACCAAAAAUAUUAAAUGAUGAUUUAGGAAAAAAAAGUGAAAUUAUUACAAUAGAUAGAUAA